ACCCCAAAUGGAAAAAAAGAAGAAAAUCUCGAAAAGCCUAUUAUGAAUUCCUGUGUUUUAUUCAGCCGUCUGCCUGUCUCUCUCUCUCUGGAGUCUGCCUGUCACUCUCUCUCUCUGGAAGCUUGUUCUUGGUGAAAGGCUUGGGAGCGAGAUCGCACACCCAGAAACAAUGAGAGGAGAAUAGAAUGAUUCCUUGCUUGAGGCCUCAUGGACUGUUUAAACACCUUUUCUGUGGGAGGGGCCUCUCUCUCCGUCUCUAUCUCUCUGCCUGUGUCAUGUCUCUUUGAUUUCGUGUUGAGCGCGACUUGAUGGACUUAGAAUGAAUAAAUACCCAACGGGGACUUCGGAGCAUUUGGUAGCAUUUUGUCGGGGGUCUCCAGCAGAGAUGCUUAACUUGGUCAACUAUGGUCGGAGGUUGAAUUAGGCAGGGAGAAGCUCGUCGGUUUCUAAGAUACAGCUCGGAGAGACAUGGACCCGCUAUCUAGUUCACGACGGGACUGCCCGAUGCUUAUAAGAAGCGCAAAAUCUCUGUUAUUUCUCAGUAUUUUGAUGCUUCUCAGAGGGGUGGUUGGGGCUGGGAACAGUGCCAACUCUUCGAGGCCGAGCAUCGUGAAUAUCGGCGCUCUGUUCACUUAUGAUUCAGUCAUUGGCCGCUCGGCCCAGCCUGCGGUCAUGGCUGCCGUUGACGAUGUCAAUUCUGACCCGAAUCUUCUUCCCGGGACGAAAUUGAACCUUAUUGUUCACGACACAAACUGCAGCGGAUUUCUGGGAACUGUUGAAGCUCUGCAGCUGAUUGAGAACGACGUUGUGGCAGCAGUUGGCCCACAGUCCUCGGGAAUAGCUCAUGUGAUCUCACAUGUAGUCAACGAGCUCCGUGUCCCGCUUCUCUCAUUCGGGGCGACAGACCCCACAUUGUCCUCCCUCCAGUACCCUUAUUUCAUCCGAACCACGCAAAGUGACUACUUCCAGAUGUAUGCAAUUGCAGACAUAGUCGAGUACUUCGGCUGGAGAGAAGUGGUCGCGAUUUUUGUGGAUGACGAUUUCGGUAGGAGUGGAAUUUCCGUCCUGGGAGACGCUCUCACGAAGAGCCGUGCAAAAAUUGCCUACAAGGCUGCUUUUCCUCCUGGAGCAACAAAAACCGCGAUAAAAGAUCUGUUGGUUGAAGUGAAUCUUAUGGAAUCUCGGGUUUAUGUUGUCCACGUAAAUCCUGACUCAGGCCUUGAUAUCUUUUCUGCCGCAAAGUAUUUAGGAAUGACGAGUGCUGGGUAUGUUUGGAUCACUACCGAUUGGCUCUCUUCAGUUCUGGAUUCAACAGAGCAGGUUGACCCCAGCAAGAUGAAUUUGCUUCAAGGAGUAAUUGCUCUUCGUCAUCAUACUCCCGAUUCUGAUCUCAAGAAGAGUUUCCUUUCUCGCUGGAACAGCCUAAAAUAUAGGGGAAGUCCCAAGCCAAACUCUUACGCGCUGUAUGCUUAUGAUUCAGUUUUGCUAGUUGCCCGGGCCCUAGAUGCUUUCUUCAAUGAAGGUGGAAACAUCUCAUUCUCGAAUGACCCGAAACUACAUGAUGACAAUAGUACUGGACUCCAACUAUCAUCCCUUCACAUUUUUGAUGGAGGGCAGCAGUUCCUGCAGAUGAUUCUGCGGACCAACUUCACCGGACUUAGUGGGCAAAUUCAGUUUGAUCCCGAUAAGAACCUCAUCCAUCCUGCAUUUGAUGUUCUAAACAUCGGGGGAACCAGCUUCCGCAGGAUUGGUUACUGGUCCAAUUAUUCAGGGCUCUCAGUUGUCUCUCCUGAAAUCUUAUAUCAGAAGCCACCCAAUACUUCGACAAGCAAUCAGCAUCUCUACGGAGUGAUUUGGCCUGGGGAAACCACAGCAAGGCCUCGAGGUUGGGUGUUCCCAAAUAAUGGGAAGCCACUCAGAAUUGCGGUGCCUAAUCGAGUGUUCUACAAGGAAUUUGUAGCGAAAGAUAAGAAUCCUCCAGGGGUUAAGGGGUACUGUAUUGAUGUCUUCGAGUCGGCCCUAAAUUUGCUGCCAUAUCCCGUUCCGCACACAUAUAUACUAUAUGGAAACGGAAUCCAUAACCCUGAUUUCAGUGAUCUCGUGUACCAGGUUGCCCAGAAUAACUUCGAUGCAGCAGUUGGAGACAUUACGAUUGUUACGAACAGGACAAAGAUCGUGGACUUUACCCAGCCUUACAUGGAGUCAGGCCUUGUUGUUGUUGCCCCGGUCAAGAUGCAGAAAUCAAAUCCUUGGGCUUUCCUAAAACCAUUUACAGUGCCAAUGUGGUGUGUCACCGGUGCCUUCUUCCUCUUUGUGGGAGCUGUGGUAUGGAUUCUCGAGCACAGGAUCAAUCACGAGUUCCGGGGCCCACCAAGAAAGCAACUUAUAACAAUUUUCUGGUUUAGUUUCUCGACAAUGUUCUUCUCACACAGAGAGAACACACAGAGCACCUUGGGCCGAUUGGUCCUUAUUAUAUGGCUCUUCGUAGUACUUAUCAUCAACUCGAGCUACACGGCUAGUUUGACCUCAAUCCUCACCGUUCAGCAACUGACUUCAGGGAUCCAAGGGAUCGACAGCUUGAUCGCGGGCAACCAAAAGAUUGGAGUCCAAGAGGGGUCAUUUGCGUGGAAUUAUCUUACUGACGAGCUCAACAUAGCUGAGUCUCGGCUCGUCAAGUUGCAGAGCCAGGAAGAUUAUGCAAUCGCCCUUCAGAAAGGAACGAAAGGUGGAGGAGUUGCUGCUAUCGUUGAUGAGCUUCCCUAUAUUGAACUCUUCCUGGCAAGCACAAACUGUGAGUUCAGGACAGUCGGGCAGGAGUUCACGAGGAGUGGUUGGGGAUUUGCAUUCCAACGGGACUCUCCUCUUGCGGUCGACUUGUCCACAGCUAUCCUCCAACUGUCAGAGAAUGGCGACCUCCAGAAGAUCCAUGACAAGUGGCUCUCCAACAGCGAGUGCACCCCGGCAAUCAGUGACGACCAGAGCCGCCUGUCCCUCGACAGCUUCUGGGGUCUCUUCCUCAUAUGCGGAAUUGCGAGCUUCCUUGCUCUUGCGGUCUUCUUCUGUCGGGUCUUCAAGCAGUACCAGAGGUUCAGCCCUGAGAGCAAUCAGGAGGUCGAGGUCGAGGACAUCCAGCCUGCCAGUUCCCGACAGACCACCCGAUCAAAAAGCAUCAAGCAUCUGUUCGAUUUUGUUGAUAAAAAGGAAGCAGAGAUCAAGCAGAUGCUUAAGCGAAAGAAUAGCAGUGAUGGGCCCGAGCCGCAAACGAGCCAGGUCUCGGAUGGACACUUUCCUUCGCUUUCUUCAUGAGAAUAUUCGUUUGAUCUCGAGGUAAACUUCUGCCUCUCUCUCUGUAAUUUUAGCUGAGUAGCCACAGGUAGUUCUUGGGAAAGGAGAAUAACAAUAUACGGUAGGGUAUGCAUGUAACAUUGUAUACGAGGGCAGAAGUCGACGAGAAGUCACCAUUUUGUAAUUAACGUUCACGUUGGAAUUAUUUCAUUUGUGAAAGUUAUUCAAGCUGUAGAUAGCAAUAAUCCACA